AUGCACGGCGCCGAGCCAUCUGCAUCCGCAGCUGCGGCGGCCGCACCAUCCUCUUCUUCCUCUCUUGCUGUCGGAUCGCAGUCUGAUCUCCAGCGCAAGCCUACUUGGGCUCAGAUCAGCUUCGACGAUGGCUUCGACCUCAACCUUGGCGCCACGUCUAUGCGCUCCGUUGCUCAGAACGGCGACGCUCCGAUGGGUCCACAGACAACCACACAGUACCAGUCAAAAGCGAUACCUGUGCACCCACAUGCUAGCCCGCCUGUACAGCACAGCGAGAGGCUCGCAGCCAGCCCCGCGUCCACCAACAAGGCACUUCCGCAAGUCCCUUCGCUUUUCGGCACACCUUUGGACAACCCCAGCACUGCAGUCCCAAAUCGACCUCUGCCAACAUCCGAGUCGCAGACUGCAAGUGCUUCCCCUCUCACUUCUAGCAAUCUGGCGAGCGACGUCCAUUCUCGUGUACCUUCGUCCCAGGAUGGCGCACCUACACCCAAGCCGCCCAGCACACCAAAAGGAAGGGCAUCCGCUUCACCCGUCGUAACAGCCGCCACUCCCAAGCAGCCCCAGUAUGCGAGUCCUGCCGUCUCAAACAAUGCAACACCUGUGGCCACUCGACCUCCAUCCAGCGGUGGGCCUGCUUGGGACCGUCCAGCACGGCCAUCACCGCCUCGCCCCGUCUCCUCCGCCGACGCUUACAUGCAGCCCGUCGAGACGCUCCAGUCCGAGACCUCGAGUCGCGCAGGCACCGCAAUGAGCCAUCUCAGCGGCUCCAACUGGAUGCACGACGGUCCUAGCAACCGCAGCAGUCUCGGCACCACUGCGAGCGCCCCUCUCAACUCUACAAAGCGUGCCUCGGUACUGUCGUUCCAGACCGCCAACAGCGCCGGCUUCACCAGCGGCGACGAAGCCCGAUACUCUGACAGAGAGGAUGCCGCGGAUGAGACCCUCGUUGCACCUAGCUUCGGUGCUGCCAACGCUGCUGCAUCACAAUCUAAUCAAGUACGCCCGUGGUUCGACCGUGACAUCUCGAGCUCUACAGCUACACCCAACGAGCGUAGCAUUCCCGGCGGCUUGCCCGGCUCGUUCUGGGACGACACUUCCUCGCAGCCAUCCGUCGGUCCCACCGUGCCGACAGCUGCUGCAGCAGCGCAACAGACUACAGACUCAUCAACAGGCGCCGUGCGCUCGGAUGCCGCCGAUGUGCUCACCAAUCACGAAAAUGCCAAGGCCGACCAAGUUCGGGACAUCCGCAACCUGGCUGUCACAGAGCCGGAAUCGAUCUUGACACCCAUCAACACGCAGGGUUUGGCGCAUGCGUCGUCCAGCGGUCCCCUCUCGUCCACCACCAUCGCUGCUCCGUCUGACGAGACCACACAGGCAAUGCGUCGCUCGCCCGAACUUGGUCGAGAUCGACGACCCUCUGCGCCGUUCCCUCAGGACAAUGCGCCGCUCCCACCUGCCAAGGAUGCGCGGUCAAACCAGCCCUCGAUUUCUUUCGACCAGAGACAGGAUCCUGCGGUAUCCCUGGCUGCUGCGGACAACGUCGUACCGCCACCUCUGCCAGUUGCAUCGGUCGACAAGCAGCCACCGCUUGCCUCAGAGAUGCUUAUGACCGGACCCGCAGACCACAAGCCCGUCUCGGACUAUCGCAAGAAGCCUCUUGCCGACAUCUCUCCGGCUCAAAAGGCUGCCGGACUUGCCCAUCUUCAGUCGCAAGCAAAAGCAGCCAAGCAGCCGGACGCCCAUGUUUCGCACGCACCACCUCAACCACCACCCUCCGACCCGCCGCCCGAGGCACCGCCCAUUCCGGUCCUGGAACGUGCUCGUCGCAAGUCGAACGCCAGUCUAACCGCUAAUGUGGCGCUGGCACAGGCCGAUUCUUCUGGUGCGCCAGGCUUGUCCAGAGGUGUUUCCGAUGACCGACCUGAUACGCCCAGUGCCGACAGCAUUUCCGCAGAGUCGAGCGCUCCGCCUGACGGCGAGGUUGAGGCACGUGCAGAGUGGGAACGUCGGCGCAGGAUGAAGCGCAAGAACGGCAAGAAGCAGACCGACACUGCCAAGGUGCAGAAGGGUCGUUCGGAUGGUUUCCAGCUCAAACCUUUGCAGCUCGUCCCCGCCGACAACAUCAACGGCUUCGCUGAUCGAAAUGGGGGGAUCAGAUCAGCCGCGCGUGGCGACGGCGAUCGAAGCACCGCCGCGACGGCACCUACACAAGCGGAUGGGUCCAAGCAGAUAUACAGCACACAGCAGCUGCAGAAGUUGCAGGCCCGCGAACAGAGGAGAAGCGUUGGUGCUUUCAGUGCCGCCAUGGCCGCCGCCAACGUCGUCUCGAGUGGCAGCAAUGGACCGUAUCCCAUCUUUGCCUCGCCCAACACAGGUCCGCAAAAGGUCGGGUCCAGACAGUAUCCGGGUCUGAUGGCUCAACGAAGUCUCGUACCGCCCUUUGAGCUUCAACAUCGUCCAGAUGGCCUGCCGUCCGGUCUGAUCGGUCCAGACGGUGUGCGAAGAAGUCUCAACGAUCCCGAGGUCUGUCUCGAGUGCAUGAUGCGAGACGAAGACAUGAUCGACAUUCGCGUGGUCGGCGACGGCAUCUGGGAACGCGAAAGUGACAGGGAGUUUGAGGAGGCGGUCAGGCUCGAGGCGGAGGAGGCAGCCGGCUCCACUGGGAUCAAUGGCCCAAGCGGCAGUAGCGGUCACGGUGACAGUAUCGGAAGCCAUCGCGAUUCUCGAGGCUCCCGUCGACCACGAAAGAGGCUCGGCAAGGGCGAAGCGUUAACAGUGGAGCGACUCAAGCUCCACACGCAGAUGAACCCGCCUGCCUCGUCAUUCCGAUGGCGGACGCUGCAGACCUUCUUGGCAGUGCAAGCCAAGUACAUCGCCAUGGAGCAGCAGAGGAUGCGGCACGAGGCCGACAAGAGGGCCCGGCAGACCUCCGAGUCGAUCAGCAGCCGCGGCAGCAUGAUCGUGCUGGACGCACCCGCCUCCGUGCAGCAACCCGAGCGCAAUCUUUCCUCACCCUUUGCGCCGCCUCGCGAAGCAUCGUCUGCCGCCGUCGCCCCCUCACGCCAGUCGAUGCUGCAAACAUCGACAGACGAAGGCGGCUUGACGCUGCAGCAGAAGCAAGAUAAGGAGCGCGACGUCGCAGCAGCGCAAGCAGCCCGCAAGAAGAUGACGGGUGGUGCUGCGCCUGCUGCUGCUCCACCGAUGACCACGCCGCCGCUCGGCCUGCCUGCGUAUCCGGUCACGCCGCUGCAGACGCGUACGCUUGCCAAGGCGAUGCCCGCCCGCUCUGGUUCCGAUCCGGAGGAGCAGUUGGGCGGUCCUGCCGUCACUGGCGGCGUGGUGACUCCCAUCAGCGGUCGACGAGCACCCUUCGCUUCGGCUCAAGCGGUGAAAGCUUCGAGCGUCCAGGACUUGCGUGCGGCCGCCGACGCUUCUCGAUCCGCGUCCACCGGGUACCCUCCCAGCCCGGCAGACAGCCUCAUGCCUCCUUCCAGAUCGGUCAUGGGCACGUCUCCCUCCGGUACACCCUCGCGCCUCGCCUCUCGCUCUGGCGCAUCUCAGCUGUCGCUCAUGCACAGCGGCUCGAUGAUCGACAUGCACGUCGCCCAGGAAGACCGUGCCGAGCAUCGCAUCAAUCAGACUGGCUUCCUUCCAGGCACUCCCAUUGGUGUCGAAUCGCCUGCUGCGCUCAAUCGCUCCUUUUACGGAUUCCCCGGCGACGGCGAUUCUUCGGUGCCCGAUGCAACGGCCUUUGAGCGAUCGCGCAUGGUGUCAAGCGAUGGCUACGUCAACCCAAUGGAGGCAGGGCCGCGUGGUCUGGACAUGGAACGCGACGACAGUGCGCAGCGCAAGAAGAAGGGCUUCCGCGGCUUGUUCUCCAAGCUCACGGGCAGCAGCGGCGGUCUCAGCCGGGAAGACUCGGCAGGCGCAACAGGGGCUGGCAGUCUGAACGGCAGCAUCGCCAGUCGCAACGCCAGCAAGCGUUCGCAGGGCUCUGGGAACGGGAGCCCUGGCGCACGAAAGAACUCGUUCAGCGCCGACCGCUCGCUCGAUGCUGUCAGCCCGUCGCUCAAUGGCAUGCUGGGCAAGGCUCGCAUGUCGACCUCAUCCUUGUUCCGCAACGGUGCUGACGGUGACUCUGGUCCAAAGGCACGAACGCAGCGCAGCGGAAGCAAUUCGCUGUUCCAAAACCCGCCGGGCAUGGCGAGCCAGAACAGCCUUGACCUCGGACCCUUCCAACCAGCCUCGCCCCAGUCGAAUGCAUACGCGAGCGUUAAUGGUCGCGUGAUGCCAGCGUCACCGCUUCAGCAGCAGCAUCUUCAGAAUGCAGCGGCGAUGGAUCCAGCAAGGAUGAGAAAGGCGUCGAAUCCAUUGAUGGAGAAGUACCUCAACUCGCCCUCGCCACAGACGCUGGCCUCGCCCGUCUCGGGCGGCAUGCCGAUGUCGCAGCCAUCGCCCGGUUACGGCAUGACUGGCGAACGUGGUACAGUGCACUCGAGCGACGUGCGAAAUGGUCGCAUGUCGAGCUUUGCCAGCAUGCGAGAUCUGCGACCAUCGGUGCUCCAAUCGAUUCCCGACAGCGAUCAGCACGCAGACGAUACGGUCGCGCAGCAACCGUUGCGAUUCAGCGGUACAAGCGCGAGCUCGCGCAAAGAGUUGCCUUCCAUGCCGUCUGCAGCCGACGAACGCGACCAUCAGCGGAUAGGAACGAGCGGAAGCGGAAGCGGCGGAGGAGUGAGAAGCUCGAUGGUCGACUCGGUCUCUUCGGCAUCCCGAUCUCCUGGUCUCGCCCCGUCACUGGUGAUGACGCGCCCGGACGGCAGCGGGCGAGCGGAAUACGCAGGGCGCGCAAGCAUGCAAGGGUCGAGGAGCGCAAGGCCGGAGCCGCCGAGCAUCAACGCGGAUGUGGGGUAUGGAACAAUCCCGGACGAUGCAUCGGUGGGCAGUGCUGGACCUGCACGACCGCCCAAGAAUCCACGUCGACCUGAUGGAGCGCUCAAUUCGCCGAGCUUUGUGGAUGUCAUCGCCGGCUACGACGGUCUAGCACCACCUCGACGAGACUUCCCUCAGCAGGGACGAUCUAGAUCCGAUGCUUAUACUGGAGUGAUGGGAUCUCCAUCCAGCGCCGAGAAGACCAAGAAGUCGAUCUUCCGACUGCCGUUUGGGCGCAAGAGGCGCGAAUCGACGAUGGCGGCGCCCAUCGACGGCACCAGACCGUCGAUUGUGGUCGGCGGCGGCGCUGACGGGUUCGACGCGGGCCCAGCAGCACCACCUCGAUCGACCAGCAGCUCGUUCUUGCCCAGGUUGCUGCCGCGCAAGAGCUUCUCUGGACUGGGCGUGCCACGCGCGAGCUUCCAGACGGAACGGCAGCGCGUUCUCUCCUCGCCUGCUCCUGAUGCAUCGCUGGGUCGAGCACCACCUCGCAGCCAGAGUGCGUUCGGAAUGGCUCCGACGAAACGCUUCAUGUCGAUGGAUAUCCCGCGUCGAUCGAUGAACGUCGGUCGCGCUUCGGCUCGCAACAGGCUGAGCACGGUGCAGUACGGCGCGGAUGAGGACGAGGACGAGGACGAAGACGAGGAUGACGAGAUGGAGCGCGAGCCAGGGUACGAGGCCGAGUUCGAAAGGUACGCUCAAGAAGCUGCCGAAGAGCGAUACCUCAACACGGGCGCACGCGGCGGCAGGGACGUGAGCUUUGGAAGGAAGAGUCUCAACUUGCUCAGGGAUGGGUUCAGGAUGCCUUUGCGCGCUGUCAGUGGUGAACAGAAGAAGUAG